UCUGUCAAAUCUUCAGUAAAAUGCCGGCUGCCGUCAUCCUCACGAGGCACUGCGCUGGAGUCAGCGUGCCAGCUGCCCGCCGGGCUUUACCCACCGUGUUCCUCCGUGUAAACGGCUCUUUCAGGAGGUUCCCUGCGGCGUAGAGGACUGCUCACCGGAACACUGCAUCUUCUGCAACCAUGCGUUUAUUUCCCUAUGCAACACCCUGCCCUGCAAAGACAAGUGGGUUGAAUGAAGUAAAAGUCGGAUGUAGAUUCCAAGGACCAAUGAGAAGGAGAAGCAGUAUCUAGAGCUAAUGGCCAGUUUAACCUAAAUAUUGCAGAGCUCUAUGGAUGGAUCUCUGGGACAUAACUGCAUCAGACGGCUGCUGGCAUGCUGUUCAACUUUGAAGGACAGUAAGGAACCUUUGUCUUCACCAGCUGCUGCAAAACUGCAUAGCACCUGAUAAAAUUUUUUUUUAAAAAACCUCGUAAGUAGAAGUUCUAUGCAACAGGAUAAGAGCAACAAGCUUUACAUAAGCUGGAUCUUUUCUGACCUUUGAUGUUCUGAGGGGUCAACUGCAAGGCCAAAAGGGAGAUAAUGAACCAAUCUAUAGGACUGUGUAUGCUGGACGUUACACCCCACCUUGCCAUUCUGUCUCUGUCUAAUACUUGCGCUGCUGUUUGAAUUUUCUUUGAACUCUUGAGGCCUGGACUGGAUGCUGGAAUCAGUGAUCCUAAAGGAGAAAUACUGAGAAUCUUGGCAUGCUUUGGAUGCCAUAUCAGUUUAUAACCAACAGAUUAUAUCUGGUACUACUGUGAUCAGUAGUACCAAGAACAGCCAAGCAGUAUAGCAUAAAGGUUUUUGACGUUUAUUACUUUUUUCUGGGAAAAAAUAACUCUUAGCUCAUCAUGUUUCUGAACUGUGGUCAACCGUUGCCUCUGCUUAGUGACAAGGACGUACCCCCUCGUGUUACAGAAAACUUCAUCCUGUCAGGCUACCGGUUCCCAAACUACAGCCUGAGGGACUGCUUGUGUUCGGCAUUCCGGCCUACCAAUGAAACAGGAAACUUCUGGACACACUUCCUACCCAUCUUCAUUUUUGCUUACUACUUUCUACAGAUGUUUAGUUGGGAUGGUGCACCUGAUUCCGACGCCCCGUUCUUUUACCCAAUGUGGAACUACUUUAUUGGGGUGUUUUUUCUGCUCCUGGCCAGCAGCAUGGCCCACCUGCUGAACUCAAUGUCUCUGGUCGUAAGGGAAGUUUGCUUCUUUGUUGAUUAUGGCACAAUCAGUGCCUACACAGUUGGCUCAUCAUUGGCAUACUACUACUACAUCCAUCCUCGGGCAGGGAUAGUGGAGAAAGAAGACAGGAACGGCUCCUAUUUGGACCUAAACCACAAGCAUAAAGGGUUUUUAUCACCUAAUGCCAUGCCGGAAUUCAACCUGUUCUUUGAGACCUACUACAUGCCAUGUGCAUGUGUUAUAGCAAUCAUAUGUGUUUUAUCCUGCUGUAACACUCGUCAGAGGUGGAGGGAGCAUCGCUACAUCAUACGGACUCUGGUUUUCCUACUGCCAUUCCUAAUCUCCUCCACACCGGUCUUCUACCGUGUCCUCACCAGAUCGCCUUACUCCACCACCACGCCUUCCUUUGCUGCCUCCACCACCAUGCCCAACUUCUUCUAUCGCCACUCUCUGUGGCUGCUGGUGUCGGCCUUGUUCAACAUCAGCAAGUUCCCAGAGAGGCUGGCCCCAGGUCGAUUCGACAUCUGGGGCCACAGCCACCAGUGGUUUCACUGCUGCACAUUUUUGUCCAUCCUCGACGAACUUCACAUGAUCCAGGCUGAGGUGAGAGCCAUCCUGCUCAAUCCUGAUUUCCUCUUACCCCCUACUGCGCUUUCCCGCCUACCUGGACCAACCGUUGCUUCUACCUACGGAGUGAUGCUCCUACUCCAGACUACCAUUGUCUCAAUCAUUGCGUGUUUCUCCUGGCAUGCAAACUGUAUCUACGGCCCUCAAAGGGACCAGCUAAAGAAACAAAUGAAAGUCGACUAACCAAACUAACUUUCUUUAUUACUGUGAAAGAUGAUUUGCACAUGCCUAAAAGGUAAGGGUGCACCAAUAAAUCGGGUCAGAUUUUCUUAAUUUUGGUGAGAUCGGUGAUCUGCUAACAUGAAAAAUCUAUCUUAACUACCUAUCUUAUCUAACUCCACAAAGAUCUGAAAAUCAACCAUUGUCCUCUUUUGCUCUGCAGUGAGAGGCGUGACUGACAGACCCCUCUACAAGUCACUUCUACUUGUGCAAAAUUAACAAUAGUCACCCUACCUUUGCCAACUUAGUGGCUUUGUCACUAUAUUUUGUGAAUUUUCAGACAAUCGGCCUAAAUCAGAAUUGACAGGUCAGGUAUUUUAAAGAUUGGUGAUUGGCUAUAAAACUACAAUUGGUGCACCCCUGCCAUGCCAUAAGAACUGCACAAAAAACAUUAUUGUCCAUGUGAUUUAAAGUCUCAUGCAUCCUGAGCCCAUCUGGGCCCAUUAUGAUACUUUCAUAGGGAGAAGUAGGAGAUUGGAGGAGAUGACAGGAUUAUGUCUGGGCUCGCUACAUGGAAGCUGUCUUGUUGAGUGGAUAUUUAAAGUCCUUGCCAGCUUUUUUUCCCCGAGAACAGCUUCCUCAUUCAAUAUCUAAAAAGUGGGCUGGACACUUGAGAAUAGAGGUUGAUAUUUGAUUAUGAGUCUGCAGGAACUCUACAUGUAGUUCUAACUACAUGUUGGGAGAAAAACCCAGAAUCUCUAGAUUCUGGGUUUUUCUCCCAAUUGUUCUCAUCAUGUCCAACUUUUUGUUGCACUGUUUUUUGUUUUUUUUUUCUGCUAUGUAUUUGAUUUUCCUCAGCUUUGAAAUUAACGAGACCCAUUGUCUUGCUUUGUUGUUUCCUUUUAUGGCCUUGGUUAGCUACUCCAGGAAGUCUUAUUUCCUCUUUCUUAGCCCUGCAGCAGGAAGUUGCACGGUUUUAAGGGCAUCAGCUCAACAGCUGAAACUUUGUAUGAGUCUUACUAUGAAGCACUUUCAGGGAGACAGUCAGACUUACCCUAUCUUUUAAAAAAGCCAUGCUCAUGUUUGAAUCUGAAAGGAUGAAAAUUGUUUGAUAAGCAUGUUAUGAUGUCCUGUAGAUAGCUUAUUUAGAUUAUUAUCUAGCUUAUUUAGAUGUGAAACUCAUUCAUGGUACAUUUGAUGCAGUUGCUGCUUGUAUCCAGCCUUUAAUCAUAUUUAGAAACCACUCAGUAUCUUUGUCCUGGCAUCUUCUUUUCUUUUACUUAUCUACCACUCUUUUAGGUUAUUAAGAAUGAAGCUAAGGUUGUUUUCUACUUGGAGGCUCUCUGAACUUUUUCUUGCCUUUGAAUGUAGAGCAAACUUUAGUUGCUGAAAAUGGCUGCAUUUGUUGUCCUUCAUUUGCUAAAAUGUGAAGGGAUAGUUUGGUGUACAGGGAUUGUUUCUCCUGAGGCAGGUUUUCUGGAGAAUUUAUCAAUGGUUAGGUGCAGUAGAUGUUUUCUUUAUUGAGCUUUCAUUGAAAAGAUUGGGCCUGGACCAAAUUGGGGUCUGGACCAAAACAGAUGUCUACCACUGUAGAACCUCUGCAGAGGUUAAGAUUUUAUGGUGGUUCAACGUUAUUUUGCAGGCAUCUCUUUAUUAGACAGUUGGUUCCAAAUAAUUUUUUUUACAACACACAUUGUGGAGGUUCCAGUCUUUAACAAUGACAUUCCCAGAAAAAAAAAGAAUGUGAGGAGGCUAUCUGGCUAGACAAACAGUAAUCUGGUGUGCAAAAACAAAUGUGAAAAUAUUUCAGUUCCUUAUGUUAAAUUGACAUUGAUCUAGUAAUACUGACUUAAAGCACAGGUGUCAAACUCCAGUCUUCAAGGGCCGAUGUCCUGCAGUUUUUUGAUGUCCCACAGGUACAAAACACUGGAAUGAAAUGGCUUAAUUACCUCCUUAAAGAUAAGUUCUCCAGUGCUAAUGACCUUAUUAUUCUAUUCAGGUGUGGUGCAGCACAGGCACAUCUAAAAGUUGUAGGACACCGACCCUUGAGGACUAUAGUUUGACACCCCUGACUUAAAGCACUUUACACAUUUACCUUAUCACUGUCACAGUCAUUCAUAGGUAUAGAUCGGUAAGCACUGGUAGGGGUUAAAGCACAUCAAUAUGUGGCAGUAGGAACCUGGAAUCAAACACACAACUUUCCCAUUGCAAGACACUAUUAAAUCGCAUUCAACUUUACAUUCCAUUUUGCAAAACAAGUUUCUUUCUAUUAUAGGCUGUAGGCUAUUAUGCCCUUUAUUGUAAAUAAUUCUACAUUUCUAUGUAAAUUAACCUCCAUUGCAAAUUUAGCAUUAAUUAGCAUGAAAUUUUCUGCCGCUGUUUUACAAUGGUAGGAAUCCCCACAAUUGCUAAUCUUUGUUUUUAUCUCAGCUGAAGUCAGUUAAGAGGUUAACUACUGCAGGUAAAACAGUAACUAGUGAUAUUCUCUCCACAUAACCACACUUUAUGUCAUUUUAACAGUGUAUUUAAAAGACAGCACAUGUCAUCAGUCUUCAUGUCUUAAUAAUGUAGCUCAGAGAAAAUGAGUGGACGUGUUUUUUACAAGCCUGACUCGUAUUUUUCGGUUGAUUUUUAAGUCCAUGGUUUGCAAAUGACACUGGCGUGAUCUGAGACUGUGAUAUUAGGAAAAUAGAAUGUUAACCUCAUUUUAGCUCGCACUGAAGGCACCUUUAUGGGACUGCAAUGAAACAGGUUAGGCCUUGUUCCUCUACUGGAAGGUCAUGUUCUGUCUGAGUUAAUCUGGUUUUUAAACAUUAAACAGUUUUAAUUUAUUGCAUUAUUGCCCAGUUUAGGAUUGGUUUUAAACUGCAUCAGUUUGUGUUGAUGAUGAAGCUGGAAAAGAUAAAAUGUGUAGAGUUAGCUCUGGAAGCUAACAGCUACCAGGGUUCUUCUGAAUAAAACAAAGCCUUGCAUUAACAUUUAAAAACUGACUAUUUACAGAAUAGACAUACAACAGAAAACAAGUUGUAUUUUUUCUGAUGUCUUCUUCGACUGCAUGUCUGCUUCUGUGUAAUAAAUUCUAUGUUUUGCCAUCUGAAAAAAUCUGAUGGCUUGGAAUGUUCUCCAUCAAUCCUGUAAUCCUGCCAUGCAUUCAAGAACACUCAGUAACACAGGAAGUGAAAAUUGGAUCCAUUCCAUUCUCUCAUGAAACACAACCUGACAACAGAACUGUCUGCAUGGUUAAAGAUGUGUUUUCUGCUAUAUCUUCACAGAUGCAACAUUAUAGCUAAUUCUUACUAAUGUAUCAUAUUAAUAAUAUCUUAUAAUAUAGUUGAUUGAUGUUUGUUUAAAUAUAGAAAUUAUAUUCUGCACAUUUACUUACAAUCACUUGCACAUGAGAAAAUAAGAAGUGGAUGCUGAUAGUUUUCCAAAAAUGUGCUAUAAAGCACUUUAAAGUUUCUGCAAAGCUGAGAAAAAAGGUUUUAUACCUUAUUUUUGUGCUUGUAUUAAGAGACAUGUGGAUUGUUUGAACAUCUCAAGAGUCAGAAUAUCAACCUGGCAGUAACACUGCUUGAACAACACAAGGUGGCAAUAAUGGCCCAAAGUGUCUCCCAUAGUGUUUCCCAGCAGGCUGCUAAGUUUGUAUAUGAUUGAUAAUCAAGCUUAUUAGUCAUUUUAUUCACUUAUGUUGGAAACCAUGAUAGCUGACAAUACUUAUGUUUCAAAUUCUAAGCGAAGAUUUGAAAUGUUGCAAAAGAAAACAAACAAAAAGCAAUGUAAAAUGUGAAUUCGGUUUCCAUCUUGUAGUUAGAAGUGAAUCAACCAGACUAAUUUAAUCAGUUGUUACUGCUGGGUAAACGUAAUAAACAAGAUCUAGUGGUUGCAAACUGGCAUGGACUAUACAUGUCAAAAAAAUGGAGAGUCCUCCCCUCCGAUAUGAAGGUUUGAAGUUAGAAAUUUCUCACUUACCUUGAUGAAGUGGAUCUCACUAGAGUCAUUGACUCACCAGUGGAUGGGAGCGAUCCACCAGUCCCCUCGCUUGGAGUGACUCUCACCAGCUACUCUAGGUCCCCUCUCUGAGCUGGAGAUUUGGAAAAUUUCAGAGCUUUGCACAGACAUAAGGCACAGACCUACUAGUGGAUGUGAAAGUUCACCACCAGAACUUAUUCGGCAAAUGUAUUUCAAUCUGCACUUUUGUGCAUCUACUCUUUUCAGAAAAGGCAAAAGCCACUAUUUUGAAUUUUGUUGUUUCCAUCAACCUGUUCUUAUUCAAUACUUCAAAAUACGCAUAAAAAAACAUUGAUGGAAACACGCCUAGUGUAGAAAGGAUUGAAAGCUCCACUGUCAGUUAUCCUUUCUACAGUGGAUUGAUGACAGUCCAUUGUCAGAACAUAAUUUGACUUUGUGGUCUGGAAAAUUCAAACUCCUGUAAAGGAUUCUACUAAGAGCACAAAAGUGCUAGCUAAACAGACACCGUUUACAAUACUAUUCUAAUGUUUCAAUUCAUUCAGGAAGAGUCAAAACAUCUGGAGUUAUUGAACUCGGGGAAACGAGGUGUUAGAAAACAAGCCAGCGGUACUGUAUUACGCCGACACAUAUCAGGUUAGCUCUACUUUCCCUAUGACUAUAACAGAUAGUCAUAGGGAUUCAUCAGGUCUAUAGCUGAUGGUGAAGCGAUGUUUCUACCUCAAAACAACAUCUGUGUCAAUCAUUGUGUGACUGAGAGAAAGGAUACUUUGUUUCUCUUCACUGAAUCCAUUAAUGUUUAAGCAGUAUGUGAAUGUUAGCAUCAGACUACUUUAUUUUACUUAGUGAUGUACUCAGGGUUGACUCAAGAGGGAUUCACAUGCAUUAUUUAGACAUGCUUUUAAUUAUGAACUACUUGAGAAGGACAUAAAGCAAUACAUAUUGCUGCAAUACAGCAGCACAGUGUUGCUGCUGUAAAAAUCGUGUUAUGUGUUUCAUUAAAUAGUACUAUUACUUAUCAUUUAAGUUGUUUUGAAUAAAUCAUACAAAUAAC